CAAUGAUCAAGGUAGUGGCACCGCAGAUGGUCCAGAGAGUGGUCGACAGAGCCAUGCAGGCUCAUGGAGCAAUGGGCCUGUCAGGAGACAGACCUCUUGCCCAGUUCUUCUCCUUGGCCCGCAUCCUGAGGCUGGCCGACGGACCAGACGAGGUGCAUGCGGCGGCACUGGGAAAGAUGGGCUUGAGGAAGAACCAGAGAUAGAGUGGACAACAAUAGCGCGCAUGUGUAUAUACUUUAGCGCAUGUGUUUAAAAUUUGACCUUUGAACCACACCACGUGUGCGAAGAGAAUGGAAGCGGGCGAGGAUGAGAAGCGAGUUUUGGCUCAGUUCAAGAGCGAGGACGGCGUGUUGGUGGGCACGCCGUUCGACCUGCCUCUGGGUGUCACCAAAGACUCCCUGGCGGCUCUGUGCACCGCCGUCCUAGAGAACGAUGAUGAGACGGUGUAUGAGUUCUACGUGCACGAGCUGGAGGUACGGGAGAGUCUGGCUGAGGUGUUGGAGAGGGGCAGUGGAGGAACGGAGAGGUUGGUGGAGAUUGUCUACCAGCCUCAGGCCAGGUUCAGAGUCCAGUCCAUCACCCACUGUACCAGCAGCAUACCAGGUCAUUCGGAGGCUGUGAUUGCUGUUCAGUUUAGUCCUGAUGGACGGUCUCUUGCCAGUGGGUCUGGAGACACAACGGUGAGACUGUGGGACAUAUUCACCGAGACCCCACUGCACACCUGCAAGGCCCACAAACACUGGAUACUGUGCAUUGCGUGGUCGCCGGACGGGAAGAGACUGGCCUCUGGCUGCAAGAAUGGACAGGUGUGUGUGUGGGAGGCAGAGACAGGGAGACAGGUGGGACACACUCUCUCUGGUCACAAACAGUGGAUCACCUCUCUCGCCUGGCAGCCCCUUCAUUUGGAUCCAUCUUGUAGACUGCUGGCCAGUGCCUCAAAGGAUGCGACAGUGAGGAUAUGGGACGUGGUGCUGUGUAAGGCGGUGAUGGUCCUCUCUGGCCACACCCAGUCUGUGACGGGCAUUAAAUGGGUGGGGAGGGACUCGUCUACACGGCUUCACAAGAUAGGACCAUCAAAGUGUGGAGGACAAAAGAUGGAUGUCUGCCUGUCGCAGUCUCCCAGUCACGGUCACUGUCCCAACACAUGGCUCUCCAGCACCACGACGACUCUCUCAGAACAGCUGCCUAUUGACCCCGCCGACCCCGCCCGCCACCACACGGAGUCUCAGAAAAUGGGCCAUUUCGAGCUCCAGAGAAGGCCCUUGUUCGAUACGAGCCGACUAAGCAGAGCAGUGAGGGGAUAGACGGUGUUGGUUUAGCUGAGUUCAGAUGAUUUCACUCUCUUUCUCUGGAACCCAGCAGACAGCAAGAAACACAUUGCCAGGAUGACCGGUCACGACAGCAGCUAUCCCCAAGUGCUGUUCUCACCGAAUGCCAGACUCAUAGCCAGUGCCUCCUUCGACAAGGUCCAUCAAACUAUGGGACGGGAGAACCGGCAAGUGAGAUAAACCGAGCAUUACUAUAAGGAAUGCAAAGCAUUUUCGGCG